AUGCCGAACCUUCGCCUUGGCUCCGUUGCCCCUGACUUUACUGCUGAGACCACCAAGGGUACCAUCCGCUUCCACGACUGGCUGGACAACUCGUGGGCCAUCCUCUUCUCGCACCCCGAUGACUUUACGCCGGUGUGCACCACCGAGCUCGGUGAGGUCGCCCGCCUCGCGCCCGAGUUCGAGAAGCGUGGUGUGAAGGUCAUUGGUCUGUCGGCCAACGACAUUGCUUCGCACGAGAAGUGGAUCCAGGACAUCAACGACAUUGGCAAGACCGAUGUGCAGUUCCCCAUCAUCGGCGACCACGACCGCAAGGUCGCAACCGAGUACGACAUGCUCGACGCCCUCGACCCUACCAAUGUCGACGCCAAGGGCAUUCCUUUCACUGUGCGUGACGUCUUUGUGAUCGACCCCAAGAAGGUGAUCCGCCUGAAGAUCUCGUACCCUGCCUCGACCGGCCGCCACUUUACCGAGAUCCUGCGUGUGGUCGACUCGCUGCAGCUGGGUGACAAGCACCGCAUCACCACGCCUGUCAACUGGCAAAAGGGCGACAAGGUCAUUGUCCACCCCAGCGUCCAGGGCGAAGAGGCUGAGAAGCUCUUCCCUGGCUACGAGACCGUGCGUCCGUACCUGCGCUUCACCGAGGACCCCAGCUCGAAGAGCGCCUAG